CGGUCAGUAGGUUAGUUGUGCAGUUGUCUUCAAAAAAUGUGGCGUCUAUUCUUGUUUAGCAUUCUAAUUACCGUUUCACAUGGUGCGCUUGAGGCACUCUGCCCGGCGGGUGGUGAGCCGGUUUGCGCUAAAAGUGGUUAUGAAUUUAUUUACUUCGAGAACGAAUGCAAACUGAAUGUGUUUAGCUAUAAAGAACUCUUUGCUGGCAGGCCCCGUCCUGUGAAGGUGGCGCUCGAGGAAUGUUUCUCCAAUUGCGAAGGUAUUAUUUGUCCAGCCGUUUUUCAACCGGUGUGCGCGCAGCAAGUGCCGGCGGGUCCAGUUAAGACGGUGCCCAAUGCAUGUUUGGUGAAUCAGCUGAUUUGUGAAACAAGACAACAAUGGCUAAUCGUUGCAAACGGUCCAUGUCCAGAGGCAUCGGCUACGAAACAAGGCUUUUACGAAGUUUUUGGCUUAAAUGCAGUACCAUCAUUGGCACCUUAUACAUCUCCACCUGCACCGAACGCACCAGCACCUGCUCCUUACGCACCAGCUCCGACUCCGUACUCUUCAGCUUCUCUACCGGCAGCAUACGCACCAGUAGCUACAGAAUACGCAUCAGCAGCACUAGUACCUGCUCAGUAUUCAUCAGCUUCCGUUGCGAGCCCACCAUCACAUGUUCCUUAUGUACCAGCCCCAGUGCCGAGCUCGCCUGAAUCAGCUCUUUAUGCUCCUUCACCCGCUGAGUAUUAUACUGCACCAGCCCCUGCUGGAUCUUCGUAUCUAUCUGCUCCGUACUCGCCUGCACCAGCUCCGAACUAUGAAUCAGCUCAAACACAACCUGCUAAAGAGCAGUCUUCUUAUAACUCCGUAUCGGUGCCGGCGCCAGUUCCUUCAUAUGACAAUGCUCCUGCUCCUGCGGAUAACUAUUAUGCUUCACCGACCUCCGCACCGUCUCCGGCGCCUGCUCCAGUUUCAGAAUCUUAUUCCCCUGCCACAGCUUCGUACUCUGAUGCAUCUAAAGCAGCAUAUCCAGCACCAGCAACAGCAUCAUCAUACGAUUCUGUUCCAGCGCCUUCUCCUGCUACAAACUAUUAUUCAGCACCUGCUGCACCUACUCCACCUGCUUCUGCUCAGUACUCUAUUCCAAAUGCUCCUUACGCUCCUGCACCAGCUUCGAACUAUGCUUAUAACCAAGACUCAGCGUCAGCUUCCUCAUAUGAACCUGCCGCAGUUCCUGCUCCUGCCACAAACUAUUACGCUGCACCAGCCCCAGUAACUACUGCGGUCCCGUCAGCCCCAUCAUGUACAGCUGAUUACUCAGUAUUAUCAUCAGCAUCGUAUUCGCUUACUCCAGCUCCGUACUCUGAUACUUCUGAUGCGUCUAAUACAGGUUAUGAAUCAGCAUCAGCUCAAGCUGCCGCACAGCAGCCGACUUACAAUCCAGCACCAAUAUCAUAUGAUUCUAUUCCUGCGCCUGCUCCUGCUACAAACUAUUAUCCAGCACCGGCUCCGAACUAUGAGCAGCCUACUUAUAACCAAGCCUCACCGUUAGCCUCCUCAUAUGAUCCUGCCCCAGUUCCAGCUCCAGCCACAGACUAUUAUGCUGCACCAGUCCCAGCGCAUGCUCCGGUGUCUUCAGCUUCGUCCUGCGUUGCCGACUACUCAGUACCAGCACCAGCACCAUCAUCGUCUGCACCAGUCCUACAACCAUCUUAUUCUCCUGCACCAUCUCCAGUGUCAGCAUCUUCGGCACCCAUACAAUAUGUCGCACCACUACAAAGCUCAGGAGGUUAUUCCGCUCAGGAAACUGAAAACUCUUACGCUGCUCCUGCGCCGGGUGAAAAUGCUUAUCUAGCUACUGGAGCAGAUCCAGCCCCUUUUUCUUAUCCAUCUUCUGAAUAUCCUGCACCAACAUCAGCAUCCGAUUGUAAAAGUACGCCUUCAGUUCCCACUGCAUACGCUACAAAUCCAGAGUAUUCAGUAGCGCCGGGGGUUGAUCUAUAUGCUGCUCCAACACCAUCAGCUCCUUACGUCGCGCCUGUACCAGCACCAGAUGCAUACCAAACCGCUCCAUCAUCCUAUUCUGCAUCACCUGCUACCUCUUACCAAGAUUCAUACCAAGCUACCGGGAACUCAUCACCAGCGCCAUCACCUUACGCUGCACCAGCCCCAAAUGCAGAUAACACCGUGUCUUACGCUGCACCCGCGCCAAUUCCGGACGCUUAUGGCUUAACGAGCUCGUACUCCUCACCAAUUCUAUGUACAGCAACGGCUCCUGAAACAGCUGUAGUUGCGUAUUCGGCGCCCAGUCAGCAGACGCAACCACAAUCCUACCCAGCACACCCGUCACCAAUCACUUAUUCUGAACCAACUCCAACUCCUUGCUCAAAUCCGGAACAGUAUUCCAGACCAGCCGCUCACGCAUACGCACCCGCCGAUGAAGGUUCCGUGCCAGCUCCAGUAUCAGAUUCACCCUCAUACCAAACCCCUGACCUAUAUCAGGCGCCAGCAACAGACAUGAGCACAUAUUCACCUUCUGCUCCAGUACCAGCUGCAAUAAACCCUUAUGCAACUGAAUAUCCAAUACCAGCUUCACCGACUUAUCCACCUGCACCAGUGCCGACAUGUGGAUGUUCAGCUAACCCAGCUCAAUCUGCUCUAGGUUGGUGGCCUUCGCAGCCUCAAAUUUCAACGCUGAAAUAUGAUAUUCCUGCCAUAAUUGGUGCGCCACAAGAUAUUACCGGACAAUAUGCACCGGAUCUAGCAACUUUAAUAUCCCAAUGGACGUCCCAAACUGGCUCACCAUGCCUUGCGCCCUUCUACUAUCAGCCCACAUACACGGUCAUCGAGUUUAAGAGCUCAAAACCGCCAGUUGCAUAUUGAUAACAUCGCAAAAAAAUUGAUUAGAAUUCGUGCUAAUUAAUUCUGAAUAUGUUUGUCUUGUGAGUGAGUGCUAAUAGCUUUAAGAUUCCCCUCAGCCCAUUGAAACUGUAUAUAGUGUGUAUGUAUAUUAGUUAGUUCUUAAAUUU